CCAAUUUCUAAGACAAAAGCCCAAAUAAAAGAAUAUGCCGCAAGACCAACCUUCCUUUUACACACCAAAACCUUUAGAAACUCUACCAUGGUCGUCACCACGCCGACUUAUCACAUCAUCUCCAAAGUGCUCCCUCCCCCCAAGGGGCCGCUCAAACUGGGCACCGUCAUUGACAACCUAGAAGACCUCACCCCGCUCAGUGACAGCCUCGAGAUUGAAAAAUCUCGCGUCACCUCCUUCCACGAGGAAGAGUUUGAAGUCAAUCGGGAACAGGUCCUCAAAGGAGUAGGUGGAGUCGGCCUCAAGGUGCAUGGUCUGCCAGUGGGCAUUGACCUGUCUGGUGGUGGCGACACCAACGUCAACGACACGUACAAGUUCAAAGAGCUUGAUACUUUCUUCUUCAGUCCUACCCUUGAUGACUAUGAGAGGGCCGUAGCCACGCCCCGGCUACAGACGCAUCUCAUGUACUCGAACUACAUGCCAGUGUAUAUUAUCACGGGCAUGAAGAUCGGCCACCAGCCAGAGGUGACGCUGAGAAGGGAUAAUCAAGUCAAUGGAACUUUCACCAUCGGCAUCAGCGAGGGAAACACAACCCUCGGCAUCAACGCGGAUGCAUCCUCAUCCAGAAUUAUCGUCCAGGGAUCCAAAAGCUCCCCAGACAGCAUUGUGUUUGCGAUCAGGGUGAGGAAGCUAUCGUACAAAAAGCGCUACUACAUCGCUGGCCAGAGGGACUUGCAUGACAGCCCCCACAACUACGGUGCUGAGCUGGUGGGCGUGGACAGGGAUGCGGACGAGGAGGAUGAAGUCCCUCUUUUUGAUGUCGAGGAGAUGGAUCUUGACGAAGAGAUCCAGGGCAGGGUUACACAGGAGCGGGAUAAUUCCCAAGUGGGAAAAUUUCAACUUGUACUUUGA